GCCAAGCGGUCGUCGCAGCUCCCCAAAAACACAUUACAUAUAAAAGCUGACAAAUUAUAAUAGGCCGCGCGUGUGUUUCAAAUAAAUUCCCCCCUGUUUCCCAUCCCAAAAAUAAAAAGAAGUGCCACAAAAUAAAUAUAAAUAUUUUACAAUAAUAAUACCGAGUUCUAACGGUUCUGACCUGCCGAGUGUGUUUAUCAUCAUUUUUUUUUUGGUUGUGAAAAUGCUGGUGCAAAAUAUAUAAAUAAUUCGCUGUUAACCCACAUUGGAUUUUAUUGUUGUUUUUUUUUUCGUGUGGAGUGAAAGUGAAGCAGUCCCAAAAAAAAGAUAAAUAUAAAGACAACACAGGAACGUCGUGCCCAGCCAAUUUGUACGUAUCGUCUAUAGGGCGCAAGCGAAACGGAGCGAUAUGAUGCGCAGGACUUUGGUGCUGGCAAUGCUGCUCUCGCUGCUGGCAACGCCCCAGGCAGCGAUCGACAAGGACGAUGGUAAAUUUCCGCCGGGCAGACAUAACCUAAGUUCCGGAUCGGAUCAGCACAAUGUGAUCAAUCUGAGUCUGCAUGGGGAUGGUGACCCCAAGCUGAGCUUCGACCUGUCGCGCACCCGUCGCCUCAGGGAUGCCCUCAACGUCUUCGACCUCGCCGUUCUGGCCGCCCAAUGGGGUCAGGUGGAGAGCUCUGGGGGAGUGUCCACCAAUUGCAGCCGGGACAUGCGGAGCUAUCUCGGGGGCCUCAGCGAUGCCAAGAUGUGGGCCGUCAAGAUGGACGAUGCUUCCGGUCACUAUACAUCCGGUUUCUUCUACGGCAACAACUACUGGAUGGGUUCGUUGGCUCUUUGCGAUGCCAUUGACGACGGCCUGGUCGCUGCUCCCACCAAGGAUAACAGCUCCUCGUCCUCCGCCUCCACAUCCUCGCCAGAAAUGGAGCCCAAGAACAGCGGACUGCCCUUCGCCGCUGCUCACACCCAAGGAUACAGCAGUGUUUACAACGCCCCGCCGCCCUUUGUUCCCGGAUUCUACGUGAUCAAGAUGCAGCUCAACGAGACGAUACCAACCCAAGUGCUUCGCACCAUUUAUGUGGGCAUGUGCCUGCCCUCCAGCUGUUCCAUCGCGGACAUUGGUCAAAUGAGCUCCAAGGCUCACAUGGAUCUAUCUUCGCGGGAUCUUCGCGUCCUGGAUAUUCGUGUGCCCACCGACAAGGAGUUCAACAUCUGGGCGGAUAAGACCUUCUGCCUGCUGCUUGUGGUAUCCAGCAUUGUGCUGGGCCUGAUUUGCUGCGGCACCCUGUACGAGAUUUACCUAAGGGGCAAGCUCAAGGAGGCACUGCGUCGCCAGGACAAGGAGAUGAUGAACAACAGCGAGACGAGCUCGGGAAUAGGAUGUGCCUCGUCGGACUACAGCGAUACGAUGACGGCCCACGAUGAUCCUCUCAAGCAGUCGAAUCACUCGCAGUCUUCCGGUUCCCUGAAGCAAUUGGAUGCCCUGGUGCUGAACUUGCCACCCAAUGAUAAUGACAGCGGAAAUGGUCAUCACCAUGACCACGAUGCAGAUCACCAUGAUCACCAUCGGAGUGGAAGCAACAAUAGCAACUCGGAUGAGCACUUGGAGGGACAUCUGCAUGAGCCGGAGAAGUUGAGUAUCUACUCGGAACUGCUGCUCUCCUUCUCGGCGAUAACGAAUUUCAAUGCGAUCUGCGAUCGGAAUGUGGGUGCCGAUACCAUACCGUGCAUCCAUGGUCUGCGGGCCUUCAGCAUGGCCUGGGUGAUCCUGGGACACACGUGCAUCGUGGUCUUUAAGUACUCGGACAACAUGGAGAUGCGCAAGGAGGUGGAGCAGAACUUCUUCUUCCAGGCCAUCACCAAUGGACCCUUCAGUGUGGACACCUUUUUCUUCAUCAGUGGCUUCCUGAUCUCGUAUAUCUACUUCCGGACAAAUGCCAAGGGCAAGUUGAACAAACUGAGCAAGGGAGCCAAUGAAUUCACCGCUGGCACCGCACACUUCUUUGGACUGGUCGCCUAUCGGUUCAUGCGACUCACUGCCCCCUAUCUGUUCGUCCUGGGCGUGGUCCAGGUGACCAUGAAGUACCUGGCCACAUACUCGAUCUUCGACCCCCCCACCAUGGAUCACAUCACCUGCCCGGAUUACUGGUGGCGCAACAUCCUCUAUAUCAACACGCUGUUCCCCGUCGAUGAGAUGUGCAUGCUCUGGAGUUGGUACCUGGCGAAUGACACGCAGUUCUACAUGAUUGGCGCCAUUAUCCUGAUCGUGGGCGUGCGGCACUUCAAACUGUCGGCGAUCACGACGCUGGUGUUCCUGGUGCUAUCGUGGAUCACCACGGCGGUAAUUGCGUUCACCAACAAUCAUCGACCGAACACGGACGAUCCGCUGGCACUGUUCGACAAGAUCUACGACAAGCCGUGGACGCGGCUGGGACCCUAUCUCAUCGGCAUGGCCGUGGGCUGGAUCCUGUUCAGGACCAACUGCAAGAUCCGGCUGCCCAAGCUGACGGUGGCCACCGCCUGGACCCUGGCCAUGCUCAACCUGUUCGUCCUGGUCUUUGGCCUCUACAAGGCCGACCUGUCGCAGUUCACCGCCGCCGCCUACAGCUCGCUGAGCCACUCGGCCUGGGCGCUGUCCCUGGCCUGGAUCACCAUCGCCUGCUCCACGGGCUACGGCGGCUACAUCAACUCGCUGCUCUCGGCGCCCUGCCUCUAUCCCUUCUCCCGCGUCACCUACUGCGCCUACCUCGUCCACCCGAUCGUCAUCCGCUCCAUGGCGCUCAACUCGGACGCGCCACUGCAUCUGGGCGGGGAUCUGAUGGUUGUCAUGUUCUUCGGUCUCACAGUGGCCUCCUACUUCCUGUCCUUCGUGGUGUCCAUGUCCUUCGAGGCGCCUGUCGUCACAAUGCUGAAGAUCCUGUCGCCCAGUCGAAAGAAACGCCUCGCCUAAGUCCCAUGCCCCAGAUCCGCCCAUUUCCGAUUAUUUAUACCCCCCAUUUUGUCAUGUUUUCUAUUUCUUGUCUAUCAAGCAAUGCCCACAUAUUUAUAGCAUCGACUCAUCUGCACACACCACUCCUUUCGAUCGUUUUCCCUCUACAUAUAUAUAUUCUUUUUACUCUGCACCACAUUUUCCACUCACAUGUGUUCCAGUAAAAAAAAAAAACAAAAAUCAAAAAAGGGAAAACACGACGUGCAAAUUGAAACGUGCAAAUCAAUUCAAACUAUUUUUUGUCAUAUUUUUGUUUCAUAAUGUGUACAUUUUAGUCCUUUAAUUUAUUCCAAAGGUUUGGAAAAUUUGCGCGUGACGAAGAGAAAGAGUUAUACAUAGUACUUAAUAGUUAUAAUUAUAUGAAACUCUAGUACCUAAUUUUAUGAAAUCAUGUUGUAUAUACUAUAUGCUAUAUAUUGUUAUACAUAAAUCUUUAAAUAAAAACU